GCAACAAAGUAAUGACAAGCGACACGGGAGACUGAAGACUGGUUUACCAUUUUUUAUUAUUUUAAUUUUAAAAAUAAGACUUUACCACCUCAUUACUAGCUAACGUAAACAUUUAUUAAAAUACGUAUCGCGUGACUAUACUAGCGCUGCGGAUUUCGUUUGGUAUCUAUUUACGUCCGGGUUAGUUUACUUCUGGCCUAGUUUACUUCCGGGAUAAUUUUGUAACUUCAAAACACAACGCGACUGUACUUUCCUCCAUUGUCGGUGCCUCCAUGGCCACUGCGGUCCUCAUCGCCGCCGUCGUCGGUGGCGGGGUCCUGCUCGUCAUGCGCCGCUUGUUCCCCCGACAGAACGCCGUCGAGCUGCUCCGGUACCCGGCUGGCCUGAUGCAAGGAAAGACGGUGAUCGUGACCGGAGCUAACUGCGGAAUCGGGAAGGCCCUAGUCGGGGAGCUGCUGAAGCUCCAGGCCCGGGUCAUCAUGGCCUGCCGGGACCGGCAGAGUGCCACCGAGGCGGCCCGGGACAUCCAGGGAAAUUCGGGAGCAGAGCUCGGGGAGGUGGUCAUCAAACAGCUGGACCUGGCGUCGCUCACGUCGGUCCGUAAAUUUUGUCAAGAGAUUCAAGAGGAAGAGCCCAAGAUCGACGUCCUUGUCAACAACGCGGGCGUCUACCAGUGUCCCUACUCCAAGACGGAGGACGGCUUUGAAAUGCAGCUCGGCGUCAAUCACCUGGGUCACUUCCUACUCACCAACCUGCUGCUCGACCUCCUCAAGAGCUCCGUCCCCAGCCGCGUGGUCGUGGUCUCCUCUAAACUGUACAAGUACGGUCACAUCAACUUUGAUGACCUGAACAGCGAGAGUAAAUACAACAAGGCGUUCUGCUACAGUCAGAGUAAGCUAGCCAACCUGCUGUUCACCCUUGAACUGGCACACCGGCUGGAGGGCUCGGGAGUGACGGUCAAUGCGCUCACGCCCGGCAUCGUGAGGACCAGGCUGGGCAGGCACGUUCAUAUCCCCAUCCUGGCGAAGCCGCUCUUCUACUUGGCGUCGCUGCUCUUCUUCAAGAGUCCGCUGGAGGGGGCCCAGACCCCUCUCUACCUGGCUUGCUCCCCGGAUGCGGAGGGGGUGUCGGGGAAGUGCUUCGCUAACUGCGAAGAAGAGGAGCUGCUAGCGAAGGCUACGGACGGACAGGCGGCCAAGAGGCUGUGGGACGUGAGCAGGAGGUUGGUCGGACUGGAGGACUGAUUUUGUGACUUUGGGCUACCUUACAAAGCUAGUUGAGACACAACAAGCGUGAAAGACCACCUUGAGUAUCUAAUUAUCACUGCAUUGAGCCAAUAAAAUGUUCAAGGGUCCACGGAA